AUGAAGUACAGAAUCUACACCCUCUCGCUGCUGUUUGCCGUUGCAGCAGGCAGUGCCACCACCGUCGUCCCCUCGCUGCACAAACGCUCCGUGGACGUGGACGCCUGCCCUGGCUACAACGCAAAAAACAUCAAGAAGACUGCAAACACCCUCACCGCCGACCUCCAGCUCGCGGGCAAGGGCUGCAACAUCUACGGUGCAGACAUUGCUGAGCUGCGUCUGGAGGUCACGUAUGAUGAUGAUUCGCGCAUCCAUGUCAAGAUCCUUGACCCCCACAACCAACGCUACGAGGUGCCCGAGUCCGCCUUCCCCCGCCCCUCCAGCACGCCCAACCAGUACUCGUCCCGCUCGCACAUCCGCUUCGACAUCACGCCCUCGCCCUUCUCCUUCGCCGUCGUGCGCAGGUCCAACGGCGAGACGCUCUUCGACACUACGGACCACCCCCUCGUGUUCGAGAACCAGUACCUCCGCGUCAAGACGAGCCUCCCCGAAAAAGCAAACAUCUAUGGCCUCGGUGAGCACUCGGAGACGCUCCGAUUGGACGAGCGCAACACGACGAGGACCAUGUGGGCGCGCGACGCCUUUGGCAUCCCCAAGGACUCGAACCUCUACGGCGUGCACCCCGUCUACAUUGAGCACCGCACCACGGGCUCCCACGGUGUCUUCCUGCUCAACAGCAACGGCAUGGACAUCAAGCUGAGGGCGGACAAGGCCACGGGCACAAGCCUCGAGUACAACGUCAUCGGCGGUGUCCUCGACUUUUACUUCUUUGCUGGCCCGUCGCCCGCUGAUGUGUCGCGCCAGUAUGCACAGGUGGCCGGACUGCCGGCCAUGACGCCGUACUGGAAUCUCGGUUUCCAUCAAUGUCGAUGGGGGUACAGAGAUGCCUUUGAGGUCGCCGAAGUGAUUGCCAAUUACAGCAAGGCCGAGAUCCCGCUCGAGACCAUGUGGACCGAUAUCGACUACAUGAGCAACAGAUGGAUCUUUACGGUCGACGAGGGAAACUUCCCGCUCGAGAGCAUGAGGCAGAUUGUGGACUACCUCCACGAGCAUGAUCAGCACUACAUGAUGAUGGUGGACCCUGCCGUCGCGUACACGGACUAUCCGACGUUCAAUAGGGGCGUGGAGAGCGGCGUGUUCUUGAAGGAGGACAACGGGACCAUCUACAAGGCGGUGGUCUGGCCUGGUGUCACUGCGUAUCCGGACUUCAUGCACCCCAACGCUUCGGCUUGGUGGACAAACGAGUUCAAGCUGUUUUUCAACCCAGAGACUGGUAUCGACAUUGACGGUCUCUGGAUUGACAUGAACGAGCCUACCAACGUAAGCCAGCAAGCACUCUCCCAACCCCCCAACCUCCCCCCAAAACCCCGGCCAAAACACUUCCAGCAAAGCCUGCAUCUCAACAAUCAAGAACAAGAAGAACAAAGAGCUAACACUGACAAAUUCUCAAUCAAGUUCUGCGACUAUCCAUGCGUUGAUCCUGAGCAGACGGCAAUUGACCGAGGAAUGCCCCCGGCAGCUCCUCCGGUCAGAGCUCCCCCGCGCGAGCUGCCAGGGUUCCCCUUCACUCAGCAGAAACAAUCAAAGGUCAAGCGCGGGGAUGUGGAGGAGGAUCUGAUUGAUCCCCCGUACGCGAUUGCAAACGACUGGCCAAACGGCAUCUCAGACAGAACGGCAGACACUGACCUUGUUCACGCAAACGGAAUAACGGAAUAUGACGCGCACAAUCUCUAUGGGAGCAUGAUGAGCGUUGUUUCUCGCGAGGCCAUGCUGGCUCGCCGCCCAGGGUUGAGGCCAGUGAUCAUCACCCGCAGCACCUUUGCUGGUGCUGGCGCCAAGGUAUUCAAAUGGCUUGGUGACAACAAUUCGUUCUGGGAAAACUAUCGUGAUUCUAUCGCCCACAUGCUCGGGUUUGCCAGCAUCUACCAAAUCCCCAUAGUUGGAUCUGAUGUCUGUGGAUUCGGCGGCAACACCACCGAGACGCUCUGCGCCCGCUGGGCCACCCUGGGCGCCUUCUACCCCUUCUACCGCAACCACAACGUCCAGGAGGCCACCGUCUCGCAGGAGUUCUACCGCUGGGAGUCGGUCGCCCAGGCCGCCCGCAAGGCCAUCAACAUCCGCUACCGCCUACUCGACUACAUGUACACGGCGCUGCAGCUGCAGCACACCACGGGCACGCCAGCGCUGAACCCGCUCUUCUUUGCCUACCCUCAGGACGAAAAGACCUUUGGCGUGGACAUGCAGUUCCUCUACGGCCCGUACAUCCUCGUGUCGCCGGUCACGGCCGAGAACGCGACCUCCGUCGACAUCUACCUGCCCAAGGACAUCUUCUACGACUUCGAGUCGCUCGCCCCCGUGCAGGGCGCCGGCAAGAACGUCACUCUGGAGGACGUGGGCUUUGAUUCGAUCCCGCUGCACAUCAGGGGUGGCGGCAUCAUCCCCCUGCGCUCCGAGAGCGCAAUGACAACUGCCGAGCUGCGCAAGAAGGACUUUGAGCUCGUCGUUGCGCCGGGGAUGGACAACAGGGCGGAGGGGUCGCUCUAUCUCGACGACGGCGUCUCCAUUGAGCAGGAAGCAACUGUGGAUGUUUCGUUUACCUACUUCCGGGGGGUGCUCAAGGCGACAGGGGGCUUUGGCUUCGACAGUGGGAUCAGCGUCAAGACGGUCAAGUUCCUGGGCGUAGACAAGAAGCCGAGGAAGGUCACGGUCAAUGAUAGGGUGCUCGACGGGGGUGAUAUCACGUACGACGCGGAGACAAAGGUCCUGGUGGUCGCUACGAGUUUACCCUUGACGGCAGGUUUCGUGAUUAGGUUGUAA